CACGCGCACGUCCCGAUGAGCGAGGCCUACAAGAACUUCCUGCCGAAGCCGAAGGAGAAGGAGGGGAGCGCCGCGAAGUCUGCGAGGACCGAGACCGAGGAGCCCGACGCGGCCUCGAAGAGGGACGAGCUGAUUCUCUUGGCGUCCGUGGCGGCGGAGUCGCGGAACCACGCAGCGGCGCUCUACCGGACGUGCCUGGUGCCGGGGGAGGUGGGCGAGGCGUUCUACGACGGGAUGCGCGGGGCGGUGGGCGAGUACGAGAAGAAGGCCCGGGGCCAACGGGGCCACGGGCACGGAGUGCCUUGCCACCACGCGCUGAUUGCCGCAGCGCUCAUCGGGCAGACGCACUUUUCCGCGGAGGAGAUGGGGGCGAAACCGCCCGAGUACCAGAAGAUCGAAGAAUUCCUGACGAAGUACGACGUGCCCAAGAAGCUGGGGAGGGAGGUGCUGGAGUUCAGGGCCUACGAGACGCGCGACAAGGGCCACCGUUUCCGGUUCCGCCUCGUGGAGGGGGGGGAUCCCUUGGUCAAGGCAGUGGUGGAGAUCAUCGUUCGCGUGUGGAUGCAGGCCGGGGGCGAGGAGGUGUUGGGGUCAGCGCCAGCGUCGAAGCGGGAGCGGAAGCUGCAGGCCCGCAUUAAGCGGAUGAAGGAGUGACCCGGCGGCGCAUUGCUUUCCCCCUUGCCUCCUCCUCCUCCUCCUCCUCCUCCUCCUCCUCUCCUUCCUCUGGGCUGGAAAAAACACAGGAUCUUGUCGUAACGGCGGCCGCCUGCUGACGAAUGCCCCGCCAGAAUUUAGUUCCCGUGCUCGGCGGGCAUUUGAAAUGCGGCCGAAGUGUCGCAACGCACACUUGGUGAUCGCAUGCUGGCGCAAUUCUAUGCUCGCCAGUUGUACGCCCUUGUCGACGAAUGCAGCGAGCGUGCUCACGGUGCGGCGCUGUCCUGCCCCUGCUUCACUCCGCCCCCUUCUUCCAUUGACGCGCGAUGUCUUGUGAGGGCGGCCAGCUGGGGCAGAUUCAGCACUGCCGCGACCCAGGCCCAGCGGAGACGCCACGUCGGUGCGCCCCGCUGCUGGUGUGGGGCUUUGACCUGUCUACAUAACGGGUCGCGUCGCUCACGUUGGCAAGCUUUGAUUGGCGAUACUUUAUCGCGGCACUGCAUAUUCCUCUACAUAUCGAUCGGCUUGCUGACUUCGAGUGUGUCGGACCGGACCGGAC